CACAGAGAGCACAGCAGCAUGAUGGCGUCUACCUGGAGCCGGUAUCAUUUUCUAACUCAAAGGUUUUCCCUUGAUCUGCUGCUAUCUCUAGUUUUGACGCUGACUUGGCCCUUCACUGUCACAGGAGGUGCUGCUCUUCUCAAAGGGGAGGUCGGUGGAAAUGUGACUUUUCACUGCUCUGGUAAAUCAGUAAAGAACAUUGACUUACUUUACCUCCAAAGAGACAACGUCUUUGUUAAUGGUUAUUAUGAAUCUAAAAAAGUACCAGCAACGUGGAACAACACAAAGUUUGAUCGCAACACUUCAUCUGUGUUCAUGGAUAACCUAAAGGUCUCACACAGUGGGGAAUACAAAUGUCACAUUCGGUACAAAGACGAGCAGCAUAUUAACGAAGACUCAAUAACCCUCAGUGUUACAGCAAAGUACAGCAGGCCUUUAUUCAGUCCUCCAGUCUGCAGCGAGGAAACCCGGGGUCAGAAUUGCCAGACAAGGUGUACAUCAAAUAAUGGAUACCCAGAAUCCAGCAUGAUAGUUCAGGCUAUAGUUACCAGCACUAAUGAUACCAUCAGGCAGAUAUGGCAACAUGUGAAGUCUGCCCCUUACCAUAAUCCAAGUACAUUGCUGUAUAACAUUACCACCACUGUGAGUUAUAACUGCUCGAACGGGGAGAUAAAGUUCAGCUGCUCCGUGGGUGACGUCACUUCGGAUGAGUUCUCAGUCUGUGCUCAUCAGGAACAACACAGCACUGAUAUAGUAAUUAUGACAGCCAUUUGUAUACUGGUGGUGGUGGUCAUGAUUGCAGGUGUUUUGUGCUGGAGAAGACGGACAGGAGGCAGUAUGAGGCUAGAGAGAGUAAAUACAAAUGAGGCGUAAGGUGGAAAUAUCACUUUGUGAAAAAAAUGGAGAAAAAGAAGCUGCUUGAGGGGUGAACCAGUGAAGGACAACAUUAAACCCACGUUCAAGGAUCUAGAGCGACAGAUAUCGUCUCCUCUGUGUCAAUUACACACUGUGAUCAGCUGGUUCCACGCAAAAUAGGAAUAACCUCACCAGGCCUCGCCAAGAGUGAGUGACCCAUCACCAGGAACUACAUGCUAUUAACAUUUCACACUCAACACUUGUGACUUUUAGCGUUUGAGGAAGUAUCAUAUCUUGUUCUUUUACUGGUGAAGCAAAGUGCGUCACUAAAGUGAGAAUGGCUGACUUCACUAUGCAAAAGCAAAAAAACAGAGACUUGAUCAGCGGUGUGCGGUUAGGUUGUUGUUGAAUACUGGAAAACUGUGACAGAAAUACCUCCUGACGCCGUGUGACGAUAGACGAAAAACAAGAAGUUAGAAGAAUGAUACAUAUGUAUGUUUGUAUUUGUAUACUAUGUAUAUGUGUACUUUGUUGUUACACCAACCACUGCGGGAAGAACCUGGCACACUCGCUACAAUGGUCACUUGUGGACUAUGAGUCAUUUAAAAAAAAAAAAAUACUGUCAUUGCUGCACUUUAAAAUCCCCUCCUGUACAUUCCUUCUGUAGCCAAUUUUUAAUGUUUUUUCCCUAGAUUUUUAAACAACAGUGUAAAUACUAUAUAUUUUUUUUAUUUUAAUAAACAAAAAAGAAAA